GGAACUGAGCGGUCGGUUAGCAACAACAGCAGCAGGAUGCCCGCACAGCUGUCAGACUGAAACUCACCGAUCUGCGUUUGAUUCGCACCUUUACUGAAACGGCACCGACAUGCGGGACGCGCAGGAGCGCGUGCACGGCGCCUGAUUGUUCUCCCGGUUCCCCGGUUCGCGGACGGAGUUUACAAUGUGGAGAGAAUGAACCAUCGGAGCGGCAGCGGAUACACCGCUGCUGCUGCGGAGCUAACGCGCUAACAAGCUAACAGGCUAACCGGCAGAAUGAGGAGGCUUUCCUAAACUUUAUCGACACGGGGACUCAGCGACAACAAUAGCCAGGUAACAUGGACUCACUGCUGGACUUCGAGGAGUGUGUCAAAGACUCACCUGAAUUCAGGCGGAACCUGGAUCAGUUUGAGGCGGAGGUUUCCCUGCUGGAGGCGCACCUGGACAAGGUGAUGCAGCUGUGCGGUAAGAUGGUGGAGGCGGGGCAAGCGUACAGUUCAACCAAUCAGCUGUUCCUGAGCAGCCUGGCUGAGCUCUCCAUGUACCAGAAGAAAGACAGCAUCAUCACAAACUGUCUGAACCAGUUCAACCAGGGCCUGCAGGAGAUGGUCAGCUUUCACACUAUGUUAUUUGAUCAGACACAGAGAGCCAUUAGCCAGCAGCUGACCAACCUCUGUACACAGUUCCUCCCCCAGCUGGCGGAGACCAGGAGAGAGUUUGUUCGCAUCGGAGAGGAUCUGGAGACGGCGGCGGUAAAAAACGCUCAGGCGUCUCGCCACAAAGCCGCCGACGCAGAGAGGGCCAGUCACCUGCUGCUUGCCACGCGUAAAUGCUACCAACACUUUGCCCUGGAUUAUUGUCUGCAGCUUAAUACCUUCAGGACUCAGCAGAGGGUCGACAUCUUAAACUCAGUUUUCUCCUUCGUCCACGCUCAGUUCACCUUCUUCCACCAAGGCUUCGACCUGCUCAGAGACCUGGAACCCACCAUGAAGACCAUGGCAGCGCAGUUGUCCCAGCUGUCAGCAGAAUGUGCAGCCAAAAGAAAAGACCUGGAGAACAAACACCUGUUGGUGCAGCAGAGAGAUGCUUCAGGUGAGCCAAUGGUCAGCCCAUGUCCUGGGAGUGAUGACAUCAUCCAGGGUUACCUGUUCAAACGCUCCAGGAGGAAAUCCAAAACCUGGAAGAGGUGCUGGUUUUCCAUCAGAGACAAUCAGCUCAUUUACAGAAAGUCACACAGGGAGGACGCCAUGGUUCUGUUUGAGGAUCUCAGACUCUGUGCCAUCAAAUCUCUGGAGCACAUGGAUCGACGUUUCUGCUUCGAGCUUCUCUCUGUCCAGAAGUGUUGUGCCCUGCAGGCCGACUCGGAGCAGCUGAAGCAGGCCUGGCUCAGCGCUCUGCAGGGCAGCAUCGAUCUCGCCUACAGAGAGAGAGCCAGCACUCCACUCACUCAGGCAGGUUCAGCUUCGCGGAUAAAUCUGCCUAAAGAGCCCCCCCCUCUCCCGUGCGGCGGGAAUAAUUCGCCGGGCCCCCCGGCUCAGAGGCCGGCGGCCCUGGGCGUGGCACUGAGGGGCCCUGGGAACCAGCGGUGCUGUGACUGCGGGGAGGAGGAGCCUCGCUGGGCCUCCAUCAACCUGGGAGUCACCAUGUGCAUCGAGUGUUCGGGGAUACACAGGAGCCUGGGUGUUCACCUGUCUAAGGUACGGUCUCUCACUCUGGAUUCAUGGGAGGCCGAACAGCUGAAGCUUCUCUGUGUUUUGGGAAAUGACGUCAUGAACCAGAUCUACGAGGCGCGAUGUUCAGAGGAAGGACGAGUCAAGCCCACGACCGACUGCCCCCGGGCAGAGAAGGAGAUGUGGAUCAAGGAGAAAUACGUGGAGAAGAGAUUUGUACGGAACAGCAGCUCAGAUGAAGCUCGGCGUCACAAGAACGAGGCCGGGUUCCGUCUGUACCAAGCAGCCUUGGCUGGAGACCUGGUUGCCAUGGCGGCGGCGUUGGCCGAGGGGGCGGAGGUCAACGGCAGCAUUGCCGAGGAGGGGGGACGCACGGCGCUGAUCGGAGCCGCUGUUGGGGGGUCGCUGUUGGCCUGUGAGUUCCUGCUGCUGAACGGAGCCAACGUCAACCACCGAGACCUCAGAGGACAGGGAGCGCUGCACGCUGCUGCCACCGCUGGACACACCGGACAGGUGUGUCUGUUGCUGAAGAGAGGAGCCAAUCAGUAUGCGGUGGACGAGAGAGGACAGGACCCGUUGGCCAUCGCCGUGGAAACAGCUCACGCUGACAUCGUCACACUACUGCGGAUGGCCAGGAUGAACGAAGAGAUGAGAGAUUCAGAAGGAGUCUUUGGAGCUGCGGGAGAUGACGAGACGUUUCAGGACAUCUUCCGAGACUUCAGCGACAUGGCCUCACACGACCCGGAGAAACUCAGCAGGCGGCACUUCAGCCGGGGAGGAGAGGAGGGGCAUGAGGAGGAGGAGGGAAGAGGAAGAGGAAAAGGAGGAGGAGGAGGAGAAAUGGUGAACAACCAAAACAGUGUUGAAAAGACGCCUGAAUGACAGAACCCGAGGCUGGGACCCCGUCGGACCACAGACCCUCCUGCUCUGAAACCACGGGCACAUUUCAUUUAAACAUUUAGAAGAGUUUACUGACGCUUCACACGACUGACGGCUGAACUCAGAAAGCAUAAUGAUGUAGUGUAGUAUAUAUAUAUUCUUUAUAAUGACAUUAUCAGUGCACAUAUUAUACUUGAUGUACGGUUACUGUGGUUGGAAAAAGUGUUACCCGUGCUGAAGAUGAUGGAGGAGGAGCUAUGAACUAUGACUGCAGCUAACGUUUAUUUUCAGGAUCAGUUAAUCCGCAGGUUAUUUUCUCUGUUAAUCGUUUGGUCUGUAAAAUGUCAGAAACCUGGAAAUUAGCCGUGAACACUUUGACACAGACGGUGCAGAAUCCAUAGAUAUUCACUUCAGUCUUAGAAAACUAAGGGAACUGGUUUUACUCACCUCUGAGAAGUUGGGACAAACAGGGAAUCUGCAGGUCGCGAAAAGUCUUAAAAAGUAAAACAUCAUAACAACGUCCAACAACCUAAAACUGAAAAUAGGUUGUAGCCUUUAAUAACAUCACAUCAUCCAGCUACUUUACUCUGAAGUCAGUUGUUUACAGCAACAGUUUUCAGCUUCGUCCUGAGUCCAUGGUUUGUGGUGAAAUGUGUUUCAAACGUUCAUGUUCUCCUCAGGAUGAACAUGAAUAACUGAUCCUCUGACCUUUCCUCUAGCGCCACCAUCAGGUCACGUUUAAAUUUGUCCAACACUUUGGUUUAUGACUAAAUUUUAUACAGAGAGUAAGUUACUCCGAAUACACUGAAUGGAUACUGCUGAAGAAAUGUGGACAUAGAUAAUGUUAAACUCAGGGUUUGACUUCAUCAUAUUUUUCAUGUGAGGACUGAAAGUCACGAUGUUGUGCUUCAGUGUGCGAAGCUGAUGGUUUGACUGAGUGUUUCAUUAUCUUUUAUUUGAUGUUUGACUCUUCCCCCUUUUAUCUGCUGUGUUCUCUGACCUGUGUUCAGAAAGGGAUUUAAUGUGUAGCUGCUGUUACACGUCAGACUGAAGUGUCACUGUUGUUUCUCUGAGUCUGAAAACUGUUUAAAUGUUUUUAUGAAUCAGGACUGAAGUGGACCAACAACCUGUGAGGACAGAAUUCAGGCCUGAAGCUCAACUCACGUCGCUGCUGUUACAUAACAUCAUGUAAAUGUAGAUUUUAUUAUCAUUUUUUAAAGCUGCAAACCUGCUGCAAACUUCACUGCAUCGACUCAAAGCUUCAGACUGAAGGAGGAAGACGUGUGAACUCUGCUUCAGGGUGAAUUUGUCUUUACCGACAAAACAUUUCAUUCCACAUUGUUACUAAUGUGAUGCUAAUGCUUAAUAAAAUGUCUUAAUA